GGCCUCCCCAUAGGCUGCUUUUGAGGCUCCUGGGACCACAGCCCAGACGCAGGGUGGCUGGAAGGAAGUGAGAGGAGAACUCAGCCUGGGCCAGUUGGGUGAGACCCUCCGUCAUCCACUCCCCUGGACCACUGACGGCCAUGGCCGUGGCCCAGCAACUGCGGGCUGAGAGCGACUUUGAACAGCUUCCCGACGACGUCGCCAUCUCAGCCAACAUCGCCGACAUCGAGGAGAAGAGGGGCUUCAGCAGCCACUUUGUUUUCGUCAUCGAAGUGAAGACGAAAGGGGGAUCCAAGUACCUCAUCUAUCGCCGCUACCGCCAGUUCUAUGCCUUGCAGAGCAAGCUGGAGGAGCGGUACGGGCCAGAGAACAAGGCCAGCCCCUUCACCUGCAUCCUUCCCACCCUCCCAGCCAAAGUCUACAUGGGUGUGAAACAGGAGAUCGCUGAGAUGCGGAUACCUGCCCUCAAUGCCUACAUGAAGAGCCUGCUCAGCCUGCCCAUAUGGGUGCUGAUGGACGAGGAUGUCCGGAUCUUCUUCUACCAGUCGCCCUACGACUCAGAGCAGGUGCCCCAGGCGCUGCGCCGGCUCCGCCCACGCACCCGGAAAGUCAAGAGCGAGUCCCCACGAGAUGCUGGCUUAGACCGCAUGGCAGCUCCACGAGCAGAGGCGCUGUUUGACUUCACUGGGAACAGCAAACUGGAGCUGAACUUCAAAGCUGGAGAUGUGAUCUUCCUUCUCAGUCGGAUAAACAAGGACUGGCUGGAGGGCACUGUUCGGGGAGCCACCGGCAUCUUCCCACUGUCCUUCGUGAAGAUCCUCAAGGACUUCCCCGAAGAGGACGACCCCACCAACUGGCUGCGCUGCUAUUACUACGAGGACACCAUCAGCACCAUCAAGGACAUCGCGGUGGAGGAAGACCUCAGUAGCACUCCACUGUUCAAGGACCUGCUGGAGCUCAUGAGGCGGGAGUUCCAGAGGGAGGACAUUGCCCUAAAUUUCCGGGAUGCUGAUGGUGACCUGGUUCGGCUGCUCUCGGAUGAAGACGUGCGGCUCAUGGUGAGACAGGCCCAAGCUCUCCCCUCCCAGAAGCGCCUCUUCCCCUGGAAGCUGCACGUCACCCAGAAGGACGACUACAAGCUCUACAACACAGUCCCCUGAGCCACUGAUGUUCCUGGGGCAGUGAAGGGACACCUGAAAAACAUCCAUUAAGAAAAAUCAAACAGACCUUGCAACGUCUGUUUAUAAAACAUCCAAUUGUUUGGCUUCUAACAUGUAACCUGACCAGAUAUACCGAGGGGCUCGGCUGCCACAAAACGAAUAGACCCCAGAUAGGACACACUCUUCAAAGAAUCAUAAGACUCACAAAAGUGGUGGGGUUCUCCAGUGACCCUCCCACACCCCACACCAUGAUCAGAGCUGGGGCCGGAAUCCAUUUGGCCCCAUUUUGGGGUUGUUCUGGAACGCAAAGGCAAACGUUGCUGUCAAAAUGCUGAGCCCUGGGGAGGCCAUGACGUGGGGGUUCUGGACCAGAGGCUCCAAUGUUUAGUCAAAACCCUGAGGGUGAGGGGUGAGGUGGCUCUGGGAAAGUGGCAUUCCUGGGUCCAAGCAGAAAAGUGUCCCUUUUAGAGUAGCAUGUCCCCAGUUUUGGAUGAUGUGAGUCACUCAGAUUAAGAUGAAGCAAAGGGCUCAUUGUCAAAAAGACCAAAUCUCUGUGAGUGAGAAUAGGCAGUGACAGCAAACAAUAGCUUUAGAGCCCCAGGGAUUGUUGAUCUUUGAAUUACAUGACUGAAAUGUUUAAAGAAAUAAAGAAUGAAAUCAUAACAAUGAAUGAGCUAUAGGUAGGUUUGCAAAAGAAU